UGACAAACGCAGCGGUUCAGCUGCAAACCCUGCAGAUCCCCCGCCCAGCUGGUCAAUUAUUCUCCCCUUGCAACCUUUGUAGGCCAUCAACCAUGAGAGGACUGUCGUUCACCAUACGUUUACUGUUGGGAGCGUCCUUGGCCAGAAAAUCCUGCUCCUUCUCUCCACAUUCUUCGUCUUUCAAAAGAGGAUUGUCGCAUCCUGUCGAUAGGCUGUUUCCUCCAUCACCCACAAUAGAGCAGUACCAAACCAAAAGCAAACAAAUCCAUUGCAGUUUUGCCAAACCAAACAAGCGGCCAACGAAUGCACAAUCACCCAAGAAUGUCAACAACGCAGCCAUGAACUUGGUGGAUGCAGUGACUUCAACAGUUGGGUCCUCACAGCUAUCCCUGCAAAAUAAAAACAACCAGCUUCUCGCGGACAUCAAGACCAAGGUUGUAGCUCUGGAGAAAGCCACACGGGAAGCCAACAAAACAGCUCGUGAGGCAGACAAGAUGCGCCGCAUCGAGUUUGCACUGGAAAAUGUCUCUUUGGUUACCUACAACUUUCAGGUGUAUGUUAUGACCGAAAGGGGGCACACAUCAGAUCAGAAUGCAGAUGAAGUCCUAAGCGAUAUCUUGCUGUCAUUUAGGCAAGGCCGUGGACAUGACAUUGACAGUUACAUUAGUGGAGUUACAAAAGAAAAAGGGUAUGAUUCAUUUUAUGGUUAUGCCGAAGUGAAGGAAGAAUGGUACCAAUGUUUUGUGGACAAAGUAAGUGACAAACUCUACAAGUUACUAGGCCACAAGCCAAGAAUUGCACCUGACAGUAAGGGUACAAUGUAUGUUUGGUACCAGUAGAUAAAUGAACAUUGUUGUAUCCAUAUUGUAGUGUUUAA